CGUUAGGGCAAAAAAUCCAGAGAAAAGAGCCGCCUCAAAGACGCACUCUCUCUCUUAUCUCAUCACAAAGCUGCGAAGAUAGAUUCAGAUCGGAAACGGAAGAAGGAUUCGAUCUCGUCGGAAGAUCGAACGGAGGAGAGGCCGAGAAUCAAGAAGGAGGAGCUACACAAGCAGCAUCGCCAUCAUCACCGGAAGAAGAGCAAAAUGGCGGCGAGAGACCAGGUUAGGGCUUCUCACAUUCUGAUAAAGCACCAGGGAUCUCGGAGGAAGGCGUCGUGGAAGGAUCCGGAAGGCAAGGUCAUCAUGUCCACCACCAGAGACGCCGCCGUCGAGCAGCUCAGGUCGAUCCGCGAGGACAUCGUCUCCGGCAAGGCAAACUUCGAGGAGGUCGCUACUCGUGUCUCCGACUGCAGCUCCGCCAAGCGCGGCGGAGAUCUCGGCCCCUUUGGCCGAGGACAGAUGCAGAAACCAUUUGAGGAUGCGACAUACGGUCUGAAAGUGGGCGAGAUAAGCGACAUUGUUGACACGGACAGUGGCGUUCACAUCAUUAAGAGAACUGGUUGAUCCAGAAUUCACAAGUUCCGGGUUGAUUCUGGUUAUUGUUCUUGAUUUCUGCACUAUAUGAUACAUACGAUCAAUUCCCAUUUUCUUGUAGAGCUUGAUAAUAUGCAACCCUUUGGUAAUGACCGGGAUGAUCUUCAUUGUCUUGUGUUCUUAGUUUGUGAUCUACUCUAUGUGGGUUUGUUCUGCUCUGUCAGGGUUUGGUUUCUGAAAUGCUUUGAGGGUUUUUAUCUUUAA